UGCCGGCUGGAGUCGGGAGGCAGCACCCGCAGCCAGUCGGCGAACCAGCCUGGUUGGAGGGGGGAGCUGCUGGAGGAGGGGGCUGUUGGGGGAGCCGCCACAGGUGAAGAGGGGAGCAAGCGGGAUCGGGCGAGCAGCGUCAAACGCACCCAGGCCAUGAGGCGGCGGCACAACGCAGGCAGCAACCCCACACCCCCAUCCUCGGUGAUGGGGUCCCCACCCAGCCUGCAAGACUUGCAGCGGGGCCGUGCCUCCUCCCACUCUCGGGCACUCACGCUGCCUUCGGCCCUGCAGUUCGCCAGCUCCCUGCUGCUCCCACGUGGCGCCAUCCAUGAGGCCUGCAACUUUGACGACACCUCCGAGGGCGCCGUGCACUACUUCUACGAUGAGAGUGGUGUGCGGCGCUCCUACACCUUUGGCCUGGCAGGAGGUGGCUACGAGAACCCGGUGGGGCAGCAGGUCAGUGUGGAUCACGUGACCAACAGCGCCUGGGACCGGCAUUCGCACUCCUCCAGCUUCAACUCCACCGACGUGCCCGAAGGGACGCCCGCCCUGUCGCUGCUGCAGCCACGCCCUGUGGUGCUGCAGGGCAUGCAGGUGCGCAGGGUACCCCUGGAGAUCCCUGAGUUUGACCUGCUGGAUCAGGAGUCCCUGCACGAGUCCCAGGAGAACACGCUGAUGAUCGAGGACAAGUCCAAGCCGCGGCAGUACUACAAGUACUGGGUGCUGCCUGGGCGCUGGAUGCGGGUGCGCUACGACCGGCUGGCGCUGCUGGCACUUCUUGACCGGAACCGCCGGGUGAUGGAGAACAUCUUUGUGGUGUCUCUGGGGUCCUUAGUGGCCUUCCUGGGCUACCUGCUGCUGCUGCAGGGUUUCUUCUGUGACAUCUGGGUCUUCCAGUUCUGCCUGGUCAUCGCCAGCUGCCAGUACUCGCUGCUCAAGAGCGUCCAGCCUGAUGCUGCUUCCCCCAUGCAUGGGCACAACUGGAUCAUUGCCUACAGCCGGCCUGUCUACUUCUGCGUGGCUUGCGUGCUGAUAUGGGUCCUGGACUUGUGCGCCCGGGCUGUGCCCGUCCCACCUGUCACCUUCUAUGGGCUCACCCUCUUCUCUACAAGUUUCUUCUACGGUGCCCGGGAUGUCACCACCGUCUUCACCCUCUGCUUCCCUGCCAUCUUCCUCUUCGGGCUCCUACCCCAGGUCAACACCUGUCUCAUGUACCUGCUGGAGCAGGUGGAUAUGCACAUCUUUGGCGGCACAGCCGCCACCAGCCCCCUCACUGCCCUCUUCAGUCUCCUGCGCAGUCUCCUGGUCGCUGUCCUCCUCUAUGGCUUCUGCCUCGGAGCCGUUAAGGCCCCUUGGGGCGACCAGCACGUCCCCGUCCUCUUCUCCGUGUUCUGCGGCCUCCUGGUCGCCCUGUCCUAUCAUCUGAGUCGCCAGAGCAGCGACCCCACUGUGCUGUGGUCCCUGAUCCGGGCUAAGCUCUUCCCUGAGUUUGAGAACCGAAACGUGGAGAAUGCGCCAGCCGAGGUCCGGGACCCGCUGCCUGAGAAACUGCGCAAUUCCCUGCGGGAGAUCCUGCACUCGGACCUGGUGAUGUGCAUGGUCAUCGCGGUGCUCACCUUUGCCAUCAGUGCCAGCACUGUCUUCAUCGCCCUCAAGUCUGUUCUAGGCUAUGUGCUGUACGCCCUGGCUGGGCUGGUCGGGCUGCUCACUCACUAUCUGCUGCCCCAGCUCCGCAAGCAGCUGCCUUGGUUCUGCUUCUCGCUGCCUGUGCUGAAGCCGCGCGAGUACAGCCAGUUUGAAGUGCGCAGCGCAGCCCAGCUGAUGUGGUUCGAGAAGCUGUAUGCCUGGCUGCAGUGCGUGGAGAAGUACUUCAUCUACCCGGCCGUGGUGCUCAAUGCCCUGACGGUGGAUGCCCACUCAGUCAGUGCCCCCCACCAGGACAAGAUCUGCAUCUACUGCCGCGCACUCCUCAUCACCGUGGCUGGCAUGAAGCUGCUACGCUGCUCUUUCUGCUGCCCGCCCCAGCAGUACGUGGCACUAGGUUUCACCGUCCUCUUCUUCCACUUCGAUUAUCGGCGCUACUCGGAGGGCUUCCUCAUCGACUACUUCGUCAUGUCCAUCCUCUUCAGCAAGCUAUGGGACCUGCUCUACAAGCUGCGCUUCGUGCUCACCUACAUCGCCCCCUGGCAGAUCACGUGGGGCUCGGCCUUCCACGCCUUUGCCCAGCCCUUUGCCGUGCCCCACUCAGCCAUGCUGUUUGUGCAGGCCGUGCUGUCGGCCUUGUUCUCCACCCCACUCAACCCAUUGCUGGGCAGUGCUGUGUUCAUCAUGUCGUACGCCCGCCCCGUCAAGUUCUGGGAGCGCGACUACAACACAAAGAGGGUCGAUCAUUCCAACACCCGCUUGGCCACCCAGCUCGACCGCAACCCAGGCGCUGAUGACAACAACCUGAACUCGAUCUUCUACGAGCACCUGACGCGCUCCCUACAGCACACGCUGUGUGGGGACCUGCUGCUAGGCCGCUGGGGCAACUAUGCCACUGGUGACUGCUUCAUCCUGGCCUCGGACUACCUGAAUGCGCUGGUGCACCUCAUCGAGCUUGGCAAUGGCCUCGUCACCUUCCAGCUCCGUGGCCUUGAGUUCCGGGGUACGUACUGCCAGCAGCGUGAGGUGGAAGCCAUCACGGAGGGUGUGGAGGAGGACGAGGGUUGCUGCUGCUGUGAGCCGGGCCAUCUGCCCCAUAUGUUGUCAUUCAAUGCGGCCUUCGGGCAACGCUGGCUGGCCUGGGAGGUGGCGGCCACUAAGUACGUGCUGGAGGGGUACAGCAUCAGCGACAACAACGCCGCAUCCAUGCUGCAGGUCUUCGACCUGCGCAAGAUCCUUAUCACGUACUACGUCAAGAGCAUCAUCUACUAUGUGACGUGCUCAUCCAAGCUGGAGGAGUGGCUGGGGAACACAGUGAUCCAGGAAGCACUGCGCCCCUGCACGACCCCCAGCUAUGCCGACAGUGAUCCCACCUUCAACCUAAACAUCGACGAGGACUACGACCCCCGUAUGGCUGGUGUCACCCUGUCCUCCUUCUGCAAUGUCUACCUGGACUGGAUCCAAUACUGUGCCGGCCGCAGGGACAAGCCCAUGGACAAAGAGUGGGACUCCCCGUUGGUCACCCUCUGCUUCGGGUUGUGCAUCCUGGGGCGCCGGGCACUGGGCACAGCCUCCCAUAGCCUGUCUGCCAGCCUGGAGCCCUUCCUGUACGGCCUGCACGCCCUCUUCAAGGGUGACUUCCGUAUCACCUCGCCCCGCGACGAGUGGGUCUUCGCCGACAUGGACCUGCUGCACCGCGUGGUGGCACCCGGCGUCCGCAUGUCGCUCAAGCUGCACCAGGACCAUUUCACGUCGCCAGACGAGUACGAGGACCCGGCCGUGCUGUAUGAUGCCAUCACAGCCAAUGAGGAGAAGAUGGUGAUCUCACACGAGGGUGACCCCGCCUGGCGCAGCGCCAUCCUCGCUAACACGCCCGCCCUGCUUGCGCUGCGCCACGUCAUGGAUGACGCCAGUGACGAGUACAAGAUCAUCAUGCUCAACAAGCGCUACCUGAGCUUCCGCGUCAUCAAGGUGAACCGGGAGUGUGUGCGAGGGCUCUGGGCCGGGCAGCAGCAGGAGCUGGUGUUCCUGCGGAACCGCAACCCAGAGCGGGGCAGCAUCCAGAACGCCAAGCAGGCUCUGCGCAACAUGAUCAACUCGUCUUGCGACCAGCCCAUCGGCUACCCCAUCUAUGUGUCGCCCCUCACCACCUCCUACGCUGGCAGCCACCCCCAGCUGCGCUCCCUCUGGGGUGGCCCCGUUAGCCUGCACAACAUUUCCACCUGGCUCAUCAGCAGCUGGGAGAGGCUACAGAAGGGCUGCGGAGCCGGGUGCAACAGCGGUGGGAACAUUGAGGACUCGGACUGUGGCGGAGGCUCCUCGUCCAUCAGCAACAACCCUGCAGGGCAUGGGCAGCAGGGGAGCAGUGCCCCAGGUGGGCUGAGCAUGGGUAUGGCCAUCCCGGGGGCUUCAAACCCCCAGGAGCCACCCGUCACCACUGCCCAGCCUCAGCCAGGGUCGGAGCAGAGCCUUCCACUGGGCCAGAAUUGGGUAGUGCGGCCAGUGCCAGGGAGCCAGGUGGAGAGCCAGCGUGAAGCCCCCCCUGCCGCCCCCUGGGUGCCCGCCCAGCGCCUCUCCGGCAGCCAGCUGUCCUGCACCAGCUCGCUGGCCUCCAUGGCCUCCCAGCUUGAGGGCGCAGGGCUAGGUCGGGCCCCCCUGCCGCUCCCGCUGCCCCUACGGCCAGCGCUGGGCACCUCAGCCACCUUUGCCUAUGAGGGGCUGUGUGGAAAGUGGAGCCUGCCUGGCCGCAAGGGACUCAAUGGGCUAGGGGGGAGCGAAGGAGAUGCCUCCCCAGGGACCCCCGCUAGCACUGGCACCACCCAGGGCACACCCCCCCGGGGGGUCAGCGCCAGAGCACAGCCCUCUGCACCCCUGGACCAAGGCCCUCUUGCUGACACCACGGAGACUGACUCCCCCCAGCAGUGCCCCCCACUGGCAGAGCCAGAGCAGCAGCCACCCAGCCCUGGUGCCCUACCACCUGACUGGGGCAGGCAACGGGAGAAGGAGAGCCCCGCUGCCCAGCCACUCCUGGAGCACCAGUACUGAAGGGGGGCAGUGGGAGCAGCCGUUGUCCUCCCCUCCCCCUAUCGAUAUCAAUGGGCUGGUCCCACCACACAGUGCCCCCUCCCCCCUGCCUUCAGGACCCUGGACAGCAAUAAGGGGGCUAAUGGCUCCUCCAUCUGCCCCUGCCUCCCCCCACCGGACUCUAGAGGGGACCCUAUGGACAACAGUGCUGUCCCCCUGUAGUGGGGGAGGGGAGAGACUCAACUGCCCCUCAGUCUCAAUGCUGCUCCCUUGGCGCUGCCCCCUCAGUGCUGUAUUUAAGGGGGGUUGGGGCCUAAGCGAAUAACACUAUUUUUGAUUUUUUUUUUGAUGGUUUAUUUUUCUCUGAUCCUGGAUUUUUGGUUGAUACAAAAAAUUAAAAGAAAUACAAAAAAAAAAAAAAAAGG